AUGAAGUUUAUUGAGAAAUUUGACUUCUCAAAUUAAUUUUUAAUUAUCUGGUGCAAAAAUUAAAUAGUUUAAUAACACAAUAAUUAAUAGAUUAUACUUUAAUGUAAAUAUUCCAUUAAUAUUUAGCUUAUUGUCUCUAUUGCCUAUAUACAUAAUAGAAACAUUAAAAUAUUAUGCUGCAGUUAUAAUUAAUGUUAUAUGUUUCAGAAAUUAAAUAAUUCGAUAUCAUUCUUAAUUUAUCAGAUGCAUACAAAAUGGACUUAAAAAAUUAUCAUAGUAAGAUUCACUCAAUUUGUUCUAAUCCAACUGAGCUAUCAAACAAUAUGACUAUUUAAACUUUUAUAAGUUUCUUAAUAAAAUUAAAGAAGAAUUUAUUAUUCUGAAUAUUUUUUCUAAACCUUAUUAAGAAUCAUUAAAUUUAAAAAGAAUUUCUAGAUUUCAAAGAAAACAAAGUUUAUAGUUUAUAUGUUCUUGACUUUUUUUUAUUAAUCUAUGAUUAUUUGGAUUCAGAAUAAUUAUUGUAGAUCAUAUCAUCUUAAUUCUUAUUCUCAUAUUUAUUGAAUUAAUAAGGAACAAAAUUUAAGGAGGAUUAUAUAUUUUAAUCAACUUUUGUCUUCUAAUUAGAUUAGUUAAUUUUUCAAAGAUUCUAGAAUAUAUUAAAAGCUUUCUUAUGGUAUAUAAUAUUUUUUAGAUAGAUUAGAUAUCUCAAAUUUUGAAGAAGAAACUUUUUGAUUAAUUUUAGAUUUAGUGGCUUAUUAAAUCAGUAAUUUAAAAAAGGAUAAAUUCAAUUUCUUAUGGUAGCACUAAAUAAUAAGAAAGUGCUACCAUAAGAAACUGAAUUUAUGUUGUAAAUAUAUUCAUAUCUUUGGACUAUUAAAAGAAAAUUUUCCUUCCAGCAAAUAUUGUUCAUUUAUUAUACUGAAUUUCAAUUGAAUAGAAAUUUGAAAAUAUAAAGAACAAUUUAAAACAUUAAAUUUAGAUAUGGAAAUAUUUGA